AUGGCCACGACAGGCGUGUCUCCCACGCCUGCGCCCACGCUCGCUCCCGGGCCAUCUUUAGCCCCCGCCAUAGCUGUCCGCCCGUCCGUAGCUCCCUCACCCGGCCCUGGAACUCCAGGCUCCAUCACCUCCAAAGAAUGGGUCAUUCCUCCUCGCCCUAAACCUGGCCGUAAGCCCGCUACGGAUACUCCGCCAACUAAGCGCAAGGCCCAGAACCGCGCUGCACAGCGCGCAUUUCGAGAGCGACGGGCCGCUCGGGUUCAGGAACUGGAGGAGCAGAUCAAGGAGAUUGAAGAUGGCCACGAAGCUCGUGUCGCUGCCUUGACAGAGCAAAUGAGCAACCUGUCAAGAGAGAUGGAACAAGCUCGGGAGGAGGUGAAAUGGUGGCGCGACCGAUGUCAUGCUCUUGAGAAGGAGGUCUCGAUCGAGCGUAACGCAAAGGAGGCCUUGACCAAAGAACUUCGUUCCUCAGCACCAACGUCAGUUACAAGACCAUCACCUGCAGCCAUGCCAGACUCUGUGCCGCUUCCACCUCGCAAACGUCCUUCCACCCGCUCGCCUCGCAUGGAGACUGCGAUCCAAACGAAUCAGGAACAAGCCAGAGCAGAGGACCUGGACAACGUUCCCUUGGGUUGUAACAGUUGCUCGACUACGCACUGCCAGUGCAUUGAAGAUGCAUUUGGCAUGCCAAUUGACACGCACGAGUCGAUUCGUGCUAGAAAUUCGCCCCACGGGGUCGGCAGUCCGGCCGGCCAUAUGUCAGAUCCAGAGAUCAAGCCUGAUCCGGAAGAGAUGGAGAUAGACUUCACGUCGCGCUUUGCAUCUGCACCAACUCAGUCGAGUUCUCACACCGAGAAUGAAGUUUCAUCGCCUCCAGUCGAUCCCUGUGGUUUCUGUCAGGAUGGUACUCCGUGCAUAUGCGCCGAGAUGGCCGCCCAGGAGCAACAGCGGCUGCAAACACAGUUACGAGGGCCUCGACAAGACUCAUUUGGCAACAACCGUCUUCCACCUAUGCAGUCCAUUUCUCAGUUCACCCCUCCCCCUUCUGAGAGUGAUGUGCGCUCCGAGGUCACUCUCCCGCCCAUCAGUCAGGCGACAAACCCCUGCAUUAAUGGGCCCGGCACUUGUGCCCAGUGUCAGGCUGACCCAAGGAGUACCCUGUUCUGCAAGACGCUGGCUGCCUCGCGAUCAGCCAGCAGUAGCCCUUCUGCCGGAGGAGGAUGCUGUGGUGGCAAAGGUGCUGAUGGCGGAUGCUGCAUGUCGCGAAACGCGCCGUCCUCAUCAACGACACGAAACCCUCUCUUGCCCACCAAGGGUGUGGCAACAAAGCCUUCAAUCCCUAGUCCACUCACUCUGAGCUGUGCUGACGCCUUUACAACACUCUCUCGCCACCCCAACUUCAAUCAGGCCAGUGACGAAAUCUCGAGCUGGCUUCCCAAAUUGCACACUCUUCCUAAUCCACGGGACCUGGCUCUUGCCGAAGGGCACGGGAAUCGACCCGCGAUGGAAGUCGAGGCGGCCAGCGUGAUGGGGGUUCUCCGCUACUUUGACCGGCGAUUUGCUAAUAAUUGA